AUGAAUGAAACACAAAAGAAUUUCACGACUCCUCCCGCAAUGAGCAUGAAGAAAAAUCCCUUACCGAAGUGGAAAUUUAUUCUACUGUUGAACGUUCAUGUGAUUAUCACAAUCAUUGCUUUGCUCGGGAGUUAUUUCGUGAUAAGAGCGUUCCACAAAUUUCGGAACCUGCGAACUGCUUCCAACAACAUUCUGGUGAGUUUGUCUAUCGCCGACGGCUUACUAGCGAUUCCCUUGAUUCUUGAUAUCAUUCAUUUAUGCCUUAAGUAUAAUGUUGGGCAUUGUCCAGAUAUGCGUAUGCAUAUUCUUAAGAAAGUAGACGGAACUAUCACCUUGUUCCUCCUUUCGGUUAUUGUUCUUCAUCUCAGCUUAAUGAGUUCAGAACGUUUCAUCGCCAUCAAGUUCGCCUUAAGAUACCAAGCCAUAGUGACCAAACGCCGAGCACGGAUCGUUUCCAUCGCGAUGUGGCUGUGGGCUCUGGUCGUUAAUGUGGCUGUUCCAGUGGUUCUUCAGAAGACAACAGGCAAGGGUUUCGGAAACUUUCACCGACAUAUGAAUACACAUGAAUGUAAUACAACACACAAUACAACCCAAGUGCACCCCAUCAGAUGGCAUCUUGUAUUCACUGCUACGUCAAUGUUUCUUGUCCCCUUCCUGAUCAUUUUAUGCUCGUACACCUACAUCUUCAUAGUGUCCUACAAACAGAGACGAUUUGUCAAAGGACAGGGCCGCGACGUCACAGGAAUGCCCACCAUUGAGCAUCACUUGAAAGGUGCCCGUACUCUCGCCAUUGUUGUAGCGCUGUGUCUACUCAGUAUCAUCGCUUUGCUGGUUGUGACAACCCUCCGAGUCUUCCGUGGCAAAUCACACGGGGGCUGGUACCAUCAACUGUUCAGACUACACAAGAUCGUCUACAACGUGGCUAUGUUUUUGAAUACCAUAUGCAACCCUCUUAUCUAUGGAUGGAAAAAUGAAGAAUUUAGAAACGCUUUUCGUAAGAUGCUGAAAUGCUGCUAA